GAUGGAAAAUAGUCACAGGGGAGGUGAUCGGGAGUUCUCUGUUUCUGCAGAAAACGAUGGAUUCCCUGCUGUAUUUGGCCGGUCUGGUGGCCACGUUGCUGCUGUGGGUCCGGGUGAAAGGUGUAGAUUAUGUGAUGGUGCACCAGAGGUGGAUCUUCGUGUGUCUGUUCCUGCUGCCGCUGUCGGUCGUGUUCGACGUGUACUAUUAUGUGCGAGCGUGGAUCAUUUUCAAGAUGUGUUCUGCACCCAAACUACACGACCAGCGCGUGAGAGACAUCCAGAGACAGGUGCGCGAGUGGAGUAAGGACGGCAGAAAGACCCAAAUGUGUACGGGUCGACCCGGCUGGCUCACCGUGUCUCUCCGGGUGGGGAAAUACAAGAAAACCAACAAGAACAUCAUGAUCAACAUGAUGGACAUCCUGGAGGUGGACACGAAGAGGCAGGUGGUGAGAGUUGAGCCUCUGGCCAACAUGGGUCAGGUGACCGCUCUCCUCACCUCCAUUGGCUGGACGCUGCCGGUGCUGCCCGAGCUGGAUGACCUCACUGUGGGUGGUUUGGUGAUGGGUACAGGCAUCGAGUCAUCCUCUCACAUUUACGGGCUGUUUCAGCACAUCUGCGUAGCGUUUGAACUGGUUUUAGCUGAUGGCAGCUUGGUUCGCUGCACUGAGGAGGAGAACUCGGACCUGUUCCACGCCGUCCCGUGGUCCUGUGGAACUCUGGGGUUCCUGGUUGCAGCAGAGAUUAAAAUAGUGCCGGCUAAACCCUGGGUGAAGCUGCACUACGAGCCGGUCAGAGGGCUGGAGAACAUCUGUAAGCGCUUCACUGAGGCGUCGGAGAACCGGCAGAACACGUUCGUAGAGGGCCUCCAGUACUCUCGGGACACCGCCGUCAUCAUGACGGGAACAAUGACCGACCACGCCGAGUCUGAUAAGAUCAACAGAAUCGGCCUUCACUUUAAACCCUGGUUCUUCAAACACGUGGAGGGCUACCUGAAAGACGACCAGGCCGGAGUGGAAUACAUCCCUCUGAGACAGUACUACCACAGACACACACGCAGCAUCUUCUGGGAGCUUCAGGAUAUCAUUCCCUUCGGCAACAACCCGAUAUUCCGCUGGCUCUUUGGAUGGAUGGUUCCUCCUAAGAUCUCGCUGUUGAAGCUCACGCAGGGCGAGACCAUCAGACGGCUGUAUGAACAGCACCACGUGGUCCAGGACAUGCUGGUUCCCAUGAAGAACCUGCAGGCUGCCAUCACGCGCUUCCACGAGGACAUCGACGUUUACCCUCUGUGGCUGUGUCCCUUCCUGCUGCCCCCCGGCAGAGGGAUGGUCCACCCCAAAGGUCAGGAGGAGGAGCUGUAUGUGGACAUCGGAGCUUAUGGAGAACCUAAAGUCAAACACUUUGAAGCUAAAGCGUCCACACGUCAGCUGGAGAAGUUUGUUAGAGACGUGCACGGGUUCCAGAUGCUGUAUGCAGAUGUGUACAUGGACCGGGAGGAGUUUUGGGAGAUGUUUGACGGACAGCUGUAUCACAGACUGAGGGAGGAACUCGGCUGUAAGGAGGCCUUCCCGGAGGUUUACGACAAAAUCUGUAAAUCCGCCCGACACUGACCCCCCCCCCAACAUCACUGGUACCCAGACACAGAGGCUCUGUGUCUGCAGCACAAAAACAAACUGUUUAACACAAAGAUACGUCUCAGAAAUAAGCUCUCUGCACACAGUACUACAAGCUAAAGGCUUAAAUUUCGGCAACCAAGCUGUGUCUUAAGGCCCUUCUGUCAAAGCAAGAGCACAAGUAUUGUAUGUCAUGAAUAUGUUUUUUCCCCCCCUUUCUCUAUAGAUUAUUUCAACAUCCAUGUUCUCAUUUCAUUUCUUUAUUGCUUUACCAAAAAAAAAAGCCUUAAGUGUAAGUUUAUGGGAGCAAAUUGGACCAUAUUUUUUAUUUUUGUUUUGGUUUUAAAUGUGUAUUUUUGGCCGUGUUUCACUACCUAAUAAUUACCUACAAGUGCCAUACACUUUGAAAACAUGACUUAAGUCAAGCACAUAUUUAAAAUACAUACUUAUGUAAUAAAUAUCUGAAAAAGAGAAACCAAACCAGCUAUAUUGUUACUCAUAGGAUGCCUAUUCUGAUAUUUAAAAAAAAAUCAUAUCAUCAGGACUUUGUAAGGAUUUAAUUAAUUAGUUUAAAUUCUUUCAUUCUCAUGCAUUUUUUAAAUAUAGAUUCUUAAAUUGGUUUUUUGGGGGGGGGUAAUAAUAAUAAUAAUAAUUAAGCCUUUAUUAGUCCCACAAUGGGGAAAUUAUUUCUCUGCAUUUAACCCAUCCCGGAGGAGCAGUGGGCUGCAAUGAAGCGCCCGGGGAGCAACUUGGGGUUAGGUGUCUUGCUCAAGGACACCUCGGCAUGUUGCCGGUAGAGGGGUUUAAUACAAUGCAGCACUGUAGUAAUAAUUGUUUUCACAGCUGUCACAUGAACAUAGUCAAAGCUAAUUUAUUUGCUCUGAGCAGAUUUGUUUGACUAUUUGAAUAACGGCCCAGUGCAAAACUGAUCUCUUUUCUUUCUGUAACUUUCAACUUCUCUUUUCAUUUGUGGCAUAUAGUGAAAUAAAUGAAUAUGCU